AUGAGCGGAUUCAAGUCUGGCAUGAUGCACCCGAUGCGGCGCCUAGUGGUUGCCGGCGAAGACAAUCCAGCCAACUUUGCACUACUUUUCGGCCCUGACUGGGAACGUAAAGAACAGAUCAGGAAAAUGCAUGAAGAAGCGAGGAUUACGCUGCUGCUGGCUCCGCCUACGGCAUCACCGGCAGGUAUGAUGGCUGGAUUUUGGGAUGAAGGAUACACGGGCCCGUGGAGACCUAGGCCACCAACGAGGGAGGAGGAGGCAAAGAUUCAACAAGUCCGGGAUAUGGCAAGGGUAAUGGGCAUGUGA